AGGGUCACAUGGCUCGCAGGGCAACAUGGCUGCGCCCGCACUAGGGCUAGCUCGUGAAAGCUGCGCCAGGCUGGGUCGCGUCCUUUCACUACUACUGCUCCUGCUGUUUUGUAAGGCCGCGAGGAGCGAGGAAGCCAGGACCGGUGCCGGCGCGACGUCCGCCCAGGGGCCCUGUGGCUGCGGCACGCCCCAGCGGCCCGGGAGCCAUGGCAGCUCAGCGGCUGCGCACCGAUACUCGCGGGAGGCGAACGUCCCAGGUCCGGUCCCCGGAGAGCGGCAGCCUGAGGCCACAAAGAUGGUCCCCAUCCCUGCGGGGGUAUUUACCAUGGGCACAGAUGAUCCUCAGAUAAAGCAGGAUGGGGAAGCACCUGCAAGGAGAGUUGCUAUUGAUGCCUUUUACAUGGAUGCCUAUGAAGUCAGCAACGCGGAAUUUGAGAAGUUUGUCAACUCAACUGGCUAUUUGACAGAGGCCGAGAAGUUUGGCGAUUCCUUUGUCUUUGAAGGCAUGUUGAGUGAGCAAGUGAAGACUGGUAUCCAGCAGGCAGAAUGCAGUGUAUUACCACAUGAGGAAUUUCACGAGGAACUGAAGCACAAUGUAUUCAAAAAUUUCGGAUCUACGGUCGCAGCUGCUCCCUGGUGGUUACCUGUUAAAGGCGCUAACUGGAGACAUCCAGAAGGGCCCGAUUCUACUAUCCUACACAGGGCAGAUCAUCCAGUUCUCCACGUCUCCUGGAACGAUGCGGUUGCCUACUGCACGUGGGCGGGAAAGCGGUUGCCCACAGAAGCUGAGUGGGAAUACAGCUGUCGAGGAGGCCUACAAAAUAGACUUUUCCCCUGGGGCAACAAACUGCAGCCGAGAGGCCAGCAUUAUGCCAACAUUUGGCAGGGCGAGUUUCCUGUGACCAACACUGCAGAGGACGGCUUCCAAGGCACCGCACCUGUUGAUGCCUUUCCUCCUAACGGUUAUGGCCUGUACAACAUAGUGGGGAACGCCUGGGAGUGGACUUCGGACUGGUGGACGGUUUACCAUUCUGUCGAAGAAACACUUAACCCAAAAGGCCCCCCUUCUGGGAAAGACCGUGUGAAGAAAGGUGGAUCAUACAUGUGCCAUAAGUCCUACUGCUAUAGGUAUCGAUGUGCUGCUCGGAGUCAGAACACACCUGAUAGCUCCGCCUCCAACCUGGGAUUCCGCUGUGCAGCUGACCGCCUGCCCACCGGGGACUGACCACCAAGAAGAGCUUUCCCAAAUCCAAGGAGAAGUUAUGUCUGACCUGCCCUUGGCUUCUGUCCAAACUUUGAAUGCUCUUGUGCAAAGAAUUCCCACCCCAGGGUGGGCUACAUACCUUCCCAAUGGCCAAAGGAGAACCCGUUUGUGAGACCAAAUCACUGACCCGUGUCAGUGUACAUGCUUUAUGGUGUGGUGCAUCUUUGGAGAUCAUCGCUGUGUUUUUAUUUUUUGAGAGUGUUUUAAAGAGGAAGGGGAGUGGAGAGAACCCUGAACGAGGCUUUAGGGAGCCUGCAUCCUACCCAGGCUCUGCCACAGGGGUUAGACCCUGGGCUCCAACAUUCUAUGUUUCUGGGCCUCUGUCCUCGGUUAUCAAAUGAGGGGAUGGAUGGCAUGAUCUCUGAGGUUCUCUCCAUCUCACAAAUUCUAUAAAUGAUAUCAGAGUCUAUUGUGAUUACAUAGUGAGAAUUUAUGACAGAUUAUUUUUUAGCUAUUUUUUUCCAUGUGUGAACCUUGGGUGAUACUAAUCAUGUAAAGUAAGAAUUCUCUUAUGUAUUAUUUUUCAGAAGAAAACAGGAGGGUGUUACGUCCUUUAUAUUCAUAUUGCACUUUGUUUUUCCAAGGAAAUCAGUGUCUUUCACGUUGCUAGGAUGAAUCCCACAUGGGCCAGUGAUGGUAUGCUACAGUGCAGCAAUCUGAACACACAGGAACAUCUGUGGGGUGACUCUACUGUGCUUUAUCUUUUAACAUUAAGUGCCUUUGGUUCAGAGGGGUAGCUAUAAGCCCUAUUUCCCCCUCUCCCCAAAGCCUUCGGUGAAUAUGAAAUGUGUACUAAACGGGGAAACCUAUUUAAUUCUAGAAAUCCGAGAAAUGAAUGAGGACUUUGAAUUAACUAUGUUCAGGGUAUCCAGUAUUUUAUUAUAGGGAAGUAGGAAAUCUUGUUGACUGUGGAAUAGCUGAUGCUUUGAAUCAUGCACUAUGUCGAAUAAACUGGUAUCUGCUUAAUCAGG